GGUAUGUUAUUAUUGUUGCAUAACUUUGACAUAGUAAUGCAGGGUGAUGAAGGAUAUAUAAAGGGAGACAAUGUACCUGAGUUCUCCCUCAUACCACAAGCACUACUACACUACUAUAUGAUCAAUUCUCCCCUCUUAUAAUCACCAUAUACAUAUAUAUCUCAAGAAAACUACACUUCCUCACUUCAAAAUGGCAACACCAUCUCCAGUAACAAAAUAAAUAACCAUGAAGGAGAAUAUAAACGCGCGAUGAUCGGAUAGUGUUCAUAGCCAUUGAAGUAAAAAGCUUGAAAAAUGGUUCCAGAUUGAAGAACAAAAAACCAGAAAAUAUAAUAUAUUAUGUAGUAACAAAUAUAUAAAUAGUACUACCCCAUUAUCUUGUUCCACUUUCAUCAACCCACCUUCCACUGCUCUGCUCUUUUUUUCUUUUUCUUUUCAGUACUAUUCUCUGCCAAAGUCUCUUGUAUUUUACUGUGCAUAUAAAUAGUUGCUUAAUUUAUCAUUAUUAUCAUUAUUAUUAUCUUUAUCAUUAUCUCACUUAUGAGAAAAUUAUCAUUUCUAUCAACAACAACAACCAGUGGUAAUCAUUCUCUUUGUUCAAACACUUUAUUUUUCUUCCCACCAAGAAAUAUCUUCUUCUUCCCUAAAUGGACCCGUAAUGUGGUCACAUCAUCAGCCAGUAGUAUUGUUCCAAGAGGACUACGAUCCAAAAAGAUCGUCGUCAUAAUGGGUGCUACUGGUUGUGGGAAAUCAAAACUCUCUAUCGACCUCGCCACUCGUUUUUUUCCUUCUGCUGAAGUUAUUAACUCCGAUAAAAUCCAAGUUUAUAAUGGUCUUGACAUCACUACAAACAAAAUCUCAAUGCCUGAACGCUGUGGUGUUCCUCAUCAUCUUCUCGGAGAGUUUAAACCUACCGAAUCACACGCCGAGUUUUCCCCUUCCGAUUUCCGUUCAGCUGGUGGUUGUAGAAUCAACGAAAUCGUUAAUCGAGGGAAUAUCCCUUUUAUUGUAGGCGGGUCUAACUCGUUCGUCAAUGCUCUGCUUGUAAAACGAUUCAAUUCAGGAUUAGACAUUUUCCAAUCGUCAAAUCCGGCUACUAAAGAGCUUCGUUACCAAUGUUGCUUCAUCUGGGUUGAUGUUAUGGCACCUGUAUUGAAUCAGUACCUAGAUAAACGAGUCGAUGAAAUGCUCGAUUCAGAGAUGUUCGAAGAGCUAGAAUCGUAUUUCGAGAAAGAGGGGUUUUCCGAUUCCAGUUCCUGCGGGAUCCGGAAGGCAAUAGGGGUGCCGGAGUUCGAGAGAUAUUUCAAAGGGGAGAGAUCAUACGAAGAAGCAGCGAUGGAGAUAAAGGAAAACACGAGGGUACUAGCGGAAAGACAGGUGAGGAAGAUCAUGCGGCUGAGAGAAGCUGGGUGGAACCUACAAAGAGUGGAUGCGACGGCGACGGUCACGGCGAAGAUGGUGACUUCAGGAUCCGACGGCAAGAAUCCGGCGAGGCAAAUUUGGGAAAAACAGGUGCUGGAACCAAGCGCCAAGAUUGUGAAGAAGUUCUUGUUGGAGUAGGCAGUCAAUUGAGUAAGAGGGCUUGGAUCAUUGAAGUCAAACUUGUGACACUACGAUUCAAAUUAUUAUGACGAGUUAUCAAGUUGUUUUCAAGAAAUAUAUUUGGAUAACGAACAAUGAAAAGUGAAUUGACGAUCGAUUUUGAAUAAUAAAGGCGCCUUUGAAGUUAGCUACGAGCAUUCGUAGCUAACAUAGUAGAUUCAUAAGAGGGAAAGGCAAGAAAAAACAGAGUUCUAUUUCUCUGUUUUAUUAUGAUGAAUUUAGAAUCAUUUCGGAUUUUUUAAUUUUUACCCUUUUAUUUUCUCAUCAUUGACCCAUAAUUAAAGAGUU